AUGGACGCGCAGCACUGCAAAAUGAACGGUGACCCUCUGCAGGAAUCUAUGUACAUUGAGGAACACGCGAAUAGAAGUGGAGUGAUUUCUUUGAUUUUCUCUCUGAAAGAAGAAGUUGGGGCAUUGGCUAAAGUUCUUCGUACAUUUGAGGAAAAAGGCAUAAACCUGACCCACAUUGAGUCCCGACCUUCCCGUCUCAAUAAGGAUGAGUAUGAAUUCUUCAUUAACUUGGAAGGCAAGAAUGUCCCAGCUCUGGAUAAUAUCAUCAAGUCCUUGAGAAAUGAUAUUGGAGCAACUGUGCAUGAGCUUUCAAGAACAAAGAAGAAGGAUACUGUGCCAUGGUUUCCAAGAAGUAUCCAGGAGCUGGACAGAUUUGCUAAUCAAAUCCUAAGCUAUGGAGCUGAAUUGGAUGCAGACCAUCCUGGGUUCAAAGAUCCAGUGUACCGGGCCCGGAGAAAGGAGUUUGCGGAUAUCGCCUACAACUACAGACAUGGGCAACCUAUUCCUGAAGUUACCUACACAGAAGAAGAAAAGAGAACAUGGGGCACUGUCUUUAGGGAGCUAAAGACUCUCUAUCCAACUCACGCUUGUUAUGAACACAACCAUGUGUUCCCUCUGCUGGAGAAGUACUGUGGCUACCGGGAGGAUAACAUCCCCCAGCUUGAAGAUAUUUCAAAGUUCUUGCAAACCUGCACUGGCUUCCGCCUGCGUCCUGUGGCAGGCUUGCUCUCCUCUCGGGAUUUCUUGGCUGGGCUGGCCUUCCGAGUGUUUCACUCUACCCAGUAUAUUCGCCAUGCGUCCAAACCCAUGUACACACCAGAGCCUGAUAUUUGCCAUGAGCUACUAGGACACGUACCUCUUUUUGCCGAUCCCAGUUUCGCUCAGUUUUCCCAGGAAAUUGGACUGGCAUCUCUAGGAGCUCCGGAUGAGUUCAUCGAGAAACUCGCUACGGUUUAUUGGUUUACGGUGGAGUUUGGACUUUGUAAAGAAGGUGAUUCAAUGAAGGCAUAUGGUGCAGGGCUGCUGUCUUCAUUUGGGGAGUUGCAGUACUGUUUAUCAGGUAAACCUGAGAUUCAGCCUCUUGUCCUGGAGAAGACUUCUGUGCAGAAGUACCCUGUUACAGAGUUCCAGCCUAUCUACUAUGUUGCAGAAAGUUUUAAAGAUGCAAAAGAAAAGCUAAGGAAAUUUGCUUCAACAAUCCCUCGUCCUUUCUCUGUUCGGUACAAUCCCUACACACAGAGGAUUGAAGUCCUGGACAAUGCAAAGCAGCUGAAGAACUUAGCCGACACUAUCAGUGGUGAGAUGGGAAUCCUGUGCAAUGCCCUUCAGAAGAUAAAAUGA